AACCAAUGUCCCGAGUCCACUAAAAAAAUUCUUGUAGUGGAGUCAUGAAUUUGUUCACAGGCUCACAUGGGAUGUGGAUGAAGUGAAGUCUGUCACAACAUUCACUAUAAAUUCUGAGAAGUUCAUCUCCCAUUUCAUCCCAGAUUCCACCUUCUGAUCUUCUUAGCUUCUUCCAUUACAAUCAUAUCACCACUUCCAUGGCUACUCCAUUCUUGAUAAACAGGAAGGAUGUUGUGCUUGUUAAGCCUGCAGAACCUACUCCAUCUGAGAUCCUAUCCUUCUCCACCAUAGAUAAUGAUCCCAAUCUUGAACUUCUCUGCCAAACCCUCUACGUUUACCAAGCAAAUCCCACUUCUGAUUCUAAUGCCAGUAGCCAUGCAGAAUCCGCAGACCCAGUUUUAGUGAUCAAAACGGCUCUUUCUAAGGCUCUGGUUUACUACUACCCCUUGGCUGGGAAGCUCAAGAGGAACUCAGAUGGAAGGCUUGAAAUCACUUGUAAUGGUGACGGCGUGCCGUACAUGGAAGCAACUGCCGACUGUGCCCUCUCUUCAUUAAACUAUUUUGAUGGAACUGACGUGAAAAUCGGCCAACAAUUUGUGUUUGAUUGGCCGUCUCACAGCGCUGCUGGGUACCACCCUUUGGUUCUUCAGGUCACCAGAUUCUCUUGCGGCGGCUUCACCGUCGGCAUGGGGUUGUCCCAUUCCGUCUGCGAUGGCUUCGGCGCCGCCCUGUUCUUCCGCGCCAUGGCCGAGCUGGCUAGCGGCAAGGAACACCCCUCUGUAAAACCCGUUUGGGAAAGGGAGAUAUUAGUAGGGAAAGCUAACUCUCCCGCCGGCCAAUAUCCGUUCGAUUUCAUCUCCACAGAAAGUAAUACUGAACAAAAAUGCAAAAUAAUGACAGAAAGUAAAGAAGACAAGAAUUAUGUCCCACCCCUAUCAUCUUUGGGUGAGACAAAAAGUAAAGAAUACAAGAAUUCUGUCCCAACCCUAUCAUCUUCCGUUACAUAUGAGACAGAUGCGAUUUUGCAUGAAUGUUUCAAUGUAGACGCAGAGAGCAUAAGAACGCUGAAAAAGCGUUUUGCAGAAGAAGCGGCGGCGCAUGGUGACGGCGGCGAGAGUUUAACCGAAGCUUUCACGACGGUGGAAGUUCUGGCUGCUUAUGUAUGGCGGUCGAGAAUCAGAGCUCUUAAACAGAACCCCGACGGGAACACCAUUCUCUGCUUGGCCGUCGGGAUCAGAAGGCUACUGACCGACCCGCCUCUGCCGGCGGGGUAUUACGGCAACGCUUUCAUCUCCGCCGUCGCUGUUUCGCCGUGCAAGAGCCUCGACCAGGGCCCAAUCUAUAAAGUCGCGAAGAUGAUCAAAGAAAGCAAGAAAGCGGUUUCGAGAAACGACCAAAUCCGCCGCUCGAUCGACACGCUGGAGGCGUUCGUGCGGGGGAAUAGGAAGGUGGACGGCGGCGGCGCGGCGUUCGUGGUGACGGAUUGGAGGCAGUUAAGGUUGUCGGAGGAGGUUGACUUCGGUUGGGGAUCGGCGGUGAACAUGAUCCCGCUGCCGUGGGAGAUGUUUGGGUAUGUGGACUUGUACAUUUUCUUGCCGCCGUGCAGGUCGAACCCUGCCAUGGAAGGUGGAGUUAGGGUGCUGGUUUCGCUCCCCGGAGCCGCCAUGGCUACGUUCAAGGAAGAAAUGGAUGCUAUCAAGAAAUUGUCCUCGGAUAAUGGAAUCACACAUUGCUAAAUAUACAUCAACUGCUGAUUUCUGUAACAUUUUCUUGGUUUCUUUUUAUUAGUGUUUGUUUUGUUUUGUUUUUUUCUUUGAGCCUUUAUGUUUUUAUAAAUCGUUAAAAAGAUCAGAGUUUGUUUGUUACUCAUAAAUGAUGUUGGAAGGGGGUUGGUAAAUGUGAUUUUUUCUUUUUU